CUUUAACAUUUACGACAUUCAUCCCACCACUAUUGAAACAAUGACAUAGUCACUAGACCCAAAACUCAUCAAGCCAGGCCAUUUUUUAUUUGACCACCUCAAUCACCCCAUCAAGACCGACAAUGCUUGCGGUAACCUCAAUCGGAUGAGACUCUCCAACGAUAGGAGUAUACCAUGCUCCUCCCACCUCCGACUCUCAGCUUCACGAUUCCCUCGAUCCACGAUGACCUGAUUUUAGACUGUCGAGUUUAUCAUCCGAUAUGCCUCGCCCCAACCAAGAUUUCGCAGGUAGAGGAAUGGCAUAAGAAAGUCGCCAUCAUCGCUCAUCCUUACGCGCCGCUUGGGUAUGGAUCUGCUGCGUCGGGAUUUCUCUCUACUGAACGCUAAUCGGAAGAUAAUAGUGGAAGUUAUGACGACCCCAUCGUGGAAAGACUAGCAGCCAUCAUACUUAAGCAAGGCUUUUGCGUUGGCACAUUCAACUUCAGGUUCAUCAACCGCCCCGGGGAUUUUUGCUUCACGGGCUAACAAGAUUGGUGGUUUAGAGGGGCAGGUACUUCAAGAGGAAAGACAUCAUGGCAGUCGAAAGCCGAACAGAAAGAUUACAUCUCCUUCAUUGGAUUCAUGGCCCAUUACAUUCACGAUCUUUCUCCGCCCCCUAUACCUCCUUCCCCGACGGAACAAGCCAGGUUUACACGGUCAGACUCUGCUUUACACGACCUCACUCCAGUUCCUUCUCAGACCGUCCCUCCACCGCACGAUGGCGAUGACCGACUCCUCUCUCCUACCACCAUUAAGCAAUUUCCGAGUACCAUGCAGAAGGAUCCCAAUACCCAUAAGACGCGACCAAGAUUAUUGCUGGCGGGGUAUUCAUACGGUGCCAUGGUAACAUGUAGUCUCCCCGCCCUUCUAAGCUCCAUCCUAGAGCCCUUUCAAUCGCCCGAGCCAGGUACAGCUCAUGCCGAAAUCUGUCUGCGAGCGCAAAAUCUCGCCGCGCAGCAGAACAAGUAUAUUCAUGCCCAGAUAUCAGAGGUCUUGUACGCAGCUCGUCACAGUCGGGGUCGCAGCCUCCAGAUAGACGAUAUCUUUUCGGCUCCAACGAGUCCAAGGUUCCGCAGGACAAGUGGCGUUGUUCGGAUUGGAGGGGACGAGGAUUUCAGACGAGCUAGCCACGACUCUUUCCGCUCCCGAAGUUCGUUUUCCAUUGAGACCCAAGAGCGGGUGCGGAAAAGUGUCGAUCGUGUACGCUCGUUAACAAAAUUCACUCGAUUUCCCCAUCCACAGCGCGCAACUAGCAGCGGAUCCUGGGCAUCCUUCGAAAGCUAUGCGUCCAACGCAUCUAUCGACAGGAAUUUCAGCAAGAGCGAUCAGAAGUUACCAGAAGAGGUGGUUAUCGAUAUCAAAGCAGUUCCCGAGAUCCUGGACGAGUUUCAAACCGCAUACAUCCUCAUAUCUCCCCUUAGAGGUCUCAUCAACAGCCUCGCAACAAUGUGGACCUACAAACCCACGAAAGUCCUCCCAGAACCAGAAAUGAAAUUCACGGUCGAUCCAACCCUUGCGCUCUUUGGAGAUGACGAUGUAUUUGUGAGUGCGAAACGGUUACGAAGUUGGGCGAGGAAAUUAGAAAAUAUGGGAAAGGAGAACAAACGGGAUUCAUUGGUGUUUCGGUAUCGGGAGGUCAAAGGGGCAGGCCACUUUUGGCAUGAUCAUGAGGCCCUUGAGGUAUUGAAGGAAGAAGUCCGGGACUUUGUAGCGAGUUUGUGAUAACGCGUAGAAGAGAUUAUGAGUGUAAAUGAUAGCCGGAAAGCCUAAUGUUAGAAGCUUUCUUUGUUUGGUCGAUAUUCCUAUGACAAUCAAAUUGGAAUCAUAACGAUCAAUUGUUGUCUAAUCGAAGCUCCUUGGAGCGUUCUCACCUACAAUCACUAUCUUUAUAUGCGCGAUCGAUAGCAGUUAUUUCAUGGAAAUUAAAG